UCCGAUAAUCAUCUUCUUCGCCGAGAUCUACAUCUCAAAUUCCUAAACUUUCUCCAUCUGCGAGCUACAUUCGUGAAACCCUUUACUCUCCAAACCUCCAAUGUCACGAACCCAUCUCCAAAUUCCCCUCCUUCUUCCACCAUUCCUCUAUGUUUAAUCCGAAUAGAGAAUGGUUCUUGGGCUCGUCAAAUUCACGGGACUAUCAACAAGGCUCCUCAACAUAUGCGUUCAUUCCCUCUGCAAAUUCCGAAAAAUCGAGAAAGCCGAAACCUUGAUCACAGACGGAAUCAGACUAGGCGUUUCUCCCGAUGUCGUCACUUACAACACUUUGAUCACCGGGUACUGCCAUUUCGUCGGAAUCGAGGAAGCUUACGCCGUCACUCGCCGCAUGAGAGACGCCGGGAUUAGACCCGACGUCGCUACGUAUAACUCCCUAAUCGCCGGAGCCGCUAGACGGCUGAUGCUGGAUCGUGUACUCUACCUGUUCGACGAAAUGCUCGAGUGGGGUUUGUACCCUGACUUGUGGAGUUACAACACUUUGAUGUGUUGUUACUUCAAGCUAGGGAAGCAAGACGAAGCCUUUCGUGUUCUUUACAAGGAUCUUCGCCUCGCGGGGCUAAGUCCCGGUCCUGAUACUUACAAUGUGCUGCUUGAUGCGCUUUGCAAGUGUGGUUAUGUAGACGAUGCUCUUGAGAUGUUUAGAGAGAUGCAGAGUAGGUUUAAGCCAGGGUUAAUGACUUAUAACAUUCUUAUCAACGGGCUUUGUAAAGCCAGGAGGGUCGGUACUGCGAAAUGGAUGUUGACAGAGCUCAAGAGAUCGGGUUACACUCCUAAUGCAGUUACUUACACGACGAUAUUAAAGCUGUAUUUCAAGACUAGGAGGAUUAGAAGAGGGCUUGAGUUGUUUCUAGAGAUGAAAAGAGAAGGGUAUACUUAUGAUGGGUACGCUUAUUUCGCGGUUGUCAGUGCUUUGGUUAAGACAGGGAGGACGAAAGAGGCGUUUGAGUAUAUGCAGGAGCUGGUUAGGAACGGUAGGAGACACGACAUUGUUUCGUAUAAUACGUUGUUGAAUCUGUAUUUUAGAGAAGGGGAUUUGGAUGCUGUGGAUGAUUUGUUGGGGGAGAUAGAGAGGAAAGGAAUGAAAGCUGAUGAGUAUACGCACACGAUCAUAGUCAACGGUUUGUUGAGGACGGGACAGACGAGGAGAGCAGAGAAGCAUUUUGUAAAUAUGGGAGAGAUGGGGAUUGGGUUGAAUCUCGUGACGUGUAACUGUUUGGUUGAUGGGUUGUGUAAAGCGGGUCAUGUGGACCGUGCGCUGAGAUUGUUUGAGUCGAUGGAAGUGAAAGAUGAGUAUACGUAUACUUGUGUUGUGCAUAAUCUCUGUAAAGAAACGAGGUUUGUAUGUGCUUCAAAGCUGCUUUUGUCGUGUUACAGUAAAGGAAUCAAGAUUCCGUCGUCUGCGAGACGAGCUGUUUUGUCGGGUUUAAGGAUGUCGGGGUGUUAUGGUGAAGCGAGAAUGGCUAAAGCCAAAAUGAAACUGGCUCAGGUUGGGGAUUCCUGACGAUCUUUACAUACAAUGACACAAGUUUUGAAGUGUAUGUAAUUUACUUGUUAUGUAUCAGUGCAUGAAAUGAAACAAAGACUGAUUCUUUACAUAAAGUCAGAUUCUUAGCACAUGGAAGAGUAAAAUCUUGGCUGUUUAUGUGAAGUAAAAGGAUCUGUCUGCAGUGGGGUUGUGAGCUCCAGGAAGAAGUCUUUUGCUAGGGGAUCUGUUACCAGAAAGCCAAGGUAAUGAUCAAGGAGACGAUGAUGAAGUUACUAACUCAAGUGUGGAGAUAAGUCUGAGAGACCAAGUAUGGUUGGAGUGGAAAAAACUCAGGUUAAGGCAAGGUAGACUGAUGACUGAUGAGAGAGGUUCACACAAAAGGAGAAGCUACUUGGAAAGAUAAGUGGCGGGUCUUGUGAGUUCAGUAAUGUGUGUUGAGGUGGGAGCUCUAAGGACAGCAAAAGAUAAUUCUUAAAUGGAAACAGAUUUGUAUUGGAAGAAUCGUGCAACAGAAAGCCAAUUACAUUUCAUCCCCUGAUGCGCUACUUGUAACAGAUUUACCUGCGGAUCAGAACAAAAGCUACACUUGAGAACUUUUGAGCAAGUAAAUUUCCACACAAGUUCAAGAAGAAACGUACGUUAUCAUGUACUUAUCCCUUGUUUUGACUUGUGAAAUUGUUAUUGUACCUCUUUAUUGGAUAAAAGAAACAAAUACACAUCGUUUGGCUAAGCCCACAUGUGUAAAAAUAUCUCCUCAA